UUCGUUUCAAAUCGAGGCCUACUCUGGAGUAUGCCUUCAACACCUUCCAGGUCAUCAUACCCCCUCUCUCCACAGACACCCAGCUCAUACCGCCGCCCCUACAUCCCCACAACCUCGGAUACCCCAGACGACCCCAAUGCGUCGCUACAACAUCCCGGCCUUGCGCACCGGUCCAGCAAGAGCAUGAGCUCUCUCAGCCACGUCUUUUCCCAGGCCGAGGGUUCUGCUUCGGGCUCAGGCUCUAGUGGACGGUUGGGAGGGCUGAAAGAGGCGGAGGAUAGACGCCGUAGUGUGGACAGUCCAAGCGUACAUAGAAAGAGGCGCAGUGAGGGGCUGCCGGACUGGUUAAAUGGAGGCAGGGAGGAGCGAAGGGUCAAGCGACUGGAUCUUCCUGUGAGUGGGAUACUGCAGCUGUGCGGCCUUCACAUGUCGUUUCUCAGCUGACGCACGGACCUCGCAGGCCAAUCCUAGAGAAUGGACUCCUUCUGACCUGUCGCAAUACCUUGCAUACGAACUACGGACAGGCGGCGUCGACCAUAUGGGCAAGACAUUACCUGCGCCCCUGAUACGAGACAUCGAGUCGUGGGUGUUCAGGCAAAGAGUCUCGGGAAAGGUGUUUCUGAGCGGCAGUUCGGAUGGUUGGGGGUACGUAUGGCCGGGACUAUCUAGCACAAGGCUGACUUUUGAUGUAGGAGCAGUACUUCCAAACCACCACCCUUCUUGCCGCUAUUGCAAUACAUUGCUCGCCGACUUCGCCGUCAGUCCUUAUCCCGCCCGCCCCCAGUCCACCCUUCCAACCCUGGCUCUCCCACACUCUUUGAAGAGGACGAACUGUUUGAAGACGAAGAUGAAGGUGUCUUUGGCGUCAAGCGUAUGGUCAUCGACUAUGAUGCCCGUUCGUCUGCCUCGGAAGCUUCCGGCGACGAAAGCGACCACCACGACGCCCCUCGGCUCCUAGCCCAACACACUGGAGAUAGUGUGAUAGAGAGGUGGAGAAAAUGGGAAGAAACGGGUGGAGAGAUGAGGCCGCCCGAACAUGAAGAGUAUAUCCAGGGCUAUGGAAGAGGGGAUGGUGGGAGGAAGAGGAAUGUGUCCAACGUCUCGGCGACGUCUGCUGGGUCGGUCAAUGUGACCCCGGCGAGGAGGGGAAGCGAGACCAAGCACAGCAGUCCGACUAUGGAGGAGCUAUUGAAGGCGAGAGGAGACGAUACUCUGGAGGUGGGAGAUGAUGGUAUGGGAGGAGCUACGAUCAAGGCUGUUCCUCCGACAGCUUCUGCGGCCAGUGCGCCGUUGACAACAGGUUCUGUCAUAACGCCGUCUUCGCCAUAUACCACGCCCAUGGCCGACACAUCCUCAGCACCGGCAGACACCAAAUCCGUAACUCCCACACCUGACCGCCCUCCUGGUCUGUCCAGCCUCGUAGAGGCGGACGGGGAGAAUGACGAUACCCCAGAAGCGACACCCUCCAAAUCCCAAACUUCUCAACCCCGGCAAACCUCUGAUGGUUCCAGCCGGUAUACCUCCCUCGGUCGCUCUGAUCGAAGACAUCCACGAGAACAUUCUCAAGAUGAUGCGGCAGAUUCAGAUGAUCCCGAAGAGGGAGAGGCGGAGACGGGACGGUGGGAGAGUGCGAGGAGGGUGACACUGAGGCCGACGAGGGCUAUGACAAAGAGUAUCUCUGCUCUUCCCGUGAUCCCUUCGGUCGAGGCGGUGGAAUCAAAGGCCAACGAGAAAGUGAGGGACGCAGAGAAAGAAGUUGCGGUGAAAGGAGAAGUUGCGAUACAGGUGGAUAAGCUGGUUGAAAAGAUCAAGGAACUAGAGGCGAGGUUGGAGGUGAUGUCUACAUCGACCCCAGCGCCCCCAGCCUCAGUUGACCCUUUGCCGGAGGCUAAUCCCGCACCAGUCGAGCCGCAGACUGUCCUCACUCGGUUAGGACUUGGCGGCGGAGAUGGGACCCUCGGAUACGUGUUCUUGAUUGGUCUUGGUGCGGGUGUUGGUGUGGGGGCAAUUGUAAUGCGUAUACUGCGCGCGAGGUGAUCUAUGAUAAUGACUUGGCUGCUUUCUAUAAUGACAUGAUGACAUCUGAUGACUUGCUUUCA